AACCCACUAUACAGUCCAGAUUAUAUCAUCCUUCUUUUCCAUAGACUGUUCAUGACUCAUGGGCAGGCGGCUCAGGACCCUGAAGUCCACAGGGUCAGUGAAUGUGUUUGCCUACGGCUUUAAGCACUUUAAGUUUAAGCAAGCACGGAACAGGCCCAAGGACACAAGAGGAAAAACUCUGCCAAUUCCACAAUCUAUUGUGAUGGUAUACAGCCACUUAAAACAGCUGCUGGAGGACAGCAGAGCAGUUCUAGGACAGACUAACCUGGUUCUGGUCCCGAUAAAUACCACUACUGUCUCCUCGUGGCUACUAAGAAGACAGAAACGUGUGGACAGAGACAUGCUGCUGCAGGGUACUGCACUGCCUAAACAAUUAUAUUUGGCAAAGGAGCCUCUUCCUGAAGUGCGUGAACUUCCAGCUGCUCCUGCACAGCAUGGGCAUGAGGCCAUGGAAUUCAAGGAGCCAGAAAAUCAGGAGGGAGAGGCCUUCAUUCGCAAACGCAUCUCCAACAGGUGCCCACUGCCCACCCCUCCUCCUGGAUCUUACUCUGCAUUUCCCAUAUACCCACCAGCACCACACUUUGCAUUCUCCCCUUUUGGGUCCUACCCACCCUUUCCCAGCUACACACCAGGUCUACCAGUGCCUCAUUCUUCCCAGUGUAUGCCCCCUUCCCAGUGUAUGCCCCCUCCCCAGUUCCAGCUGCCUCCACAGCCGCCUCCCCAGUUCCAGCCGCCACCCCAGCCGCCUCUCCAGUUCCCCAGUAACCUGCCACCACAAACUUGUCCUCUAAUCAGCCCAGGCAGCGCACCUGGAGAAGGCAGAAAGCUGCCCAAGAGGAUGAGGAACGAGCAGCUAGAGGGGAACCACCAUGGAAACGCCUAGCAAAGGAUAUAUACCACUAUAUCUGCAAACACUGUGGGCUGUCAGAAAACAAGACAACUGGCCACACUCAGCUGAAGGGUCGGUGGUAUUGCCCAGCCUCAGGCCUCUCUGUUGCACAGUGGAAGGAGAUUGUACAGGGAGCUCUUUGAUUUGUUUUAAUUGGUGUAUAUAGUAGUUAUGUAUAUAGUUAGGUUUUUAUUUAGUUAUUUUUUAUAGUUGUAUAUAUUUCAGUUUUUAAUUGUUUGCUGUGCUGUGUGUUGUGCUGUGAACAUUUAUGUUUUUAGUUGCUGUGUUUGCAGUGCUUAAUUUGCAGCGUUUGUAAAAAAAAAAAAAGAAAAAAAAAGACAACUCUUGUGGUGCAAUAGUAACACAUCCAUCCUUUGGGUGGA